AAAUUUGUUAGGCACGGCGCGCUUUUUUCGACAAAUUAUUUCGUUAAAAACUCACAAAGCGAUCGGACACUGAAUUUGUGAAAUGAGUGGACAUCAUCAUCAUAAUCACAGGAGAAGGAGGAGCAGUUCAUCAAAAACUUCCAGAUCAAACACCUCCACCAUCAGCAGCUACCUAGAAGACGUAUCAGAAGACAACUUUGAGGGUCCAAAAUAUGAAAUAAAAACUUCAAAAAUCAUGGGCAGAUACAUAGUAUCAAAAAAGGAAAUCAAACCAGGCGAAAUCAUAAUCACCGAAGAACCAUUAGUCAUAGGACCUUGCACCGAUUGUAAAGUUCAAUGUCUAGGAUGCUACAAGGAUUUGGAAAAGGAACAACAAAUUAACAAGUGUGUAUCUUGUGGUUGGCCACUGUGUUCGAAAAAGUGCCCGGGCCUCAGAAAAACCCACGGACACACUCAAAUCGAAUGUACGAUCUUACAAGAAUGCAAAUCGGCUUCGUUUUUGAAUUACACCAAUUUGGAAGAGCUGCGCACCAAUUUCCAAGCCCUAGUGCCUCUGAGGUGUCUCAUAUUGAAAACCACAGAUCCCAGUAGUUAUGCUAUAUUAAUGGACAUGGAAAGCCAUAAUGGUAUCAGGAAAAAUAUUCCAGAUUUGUGGGCUUUAAAUCAGGCCAGAGUUGUAGAUAGGAUUAUAAAAGAUUGGAGGUUGACUGAAUUUACUCCGGAAGAGAUUCACACUAUUUGCGGUAUUUUGGAAGUUAAUGCUUUUGAAAUUGGACAAGGUGUUAAUAUAAGAGGCCUUUAUCCAACUGCUUUUUUAUUGUCUCAUAACUGCGUGCCUAAUACUAAUCAUACUGAUGAAGAAGGUACUUAUCAUUUGACUAUAAGAGCUUCUACAAGGAUUCCAGAAGGCCAUCCAGUCACUUUAAGUUAUGCCUAUACUUUACAGUGUACUCAAAAAAGACGCGAACAUCUUUUAGAAAACAAAUUUUUCGAAUGCAAAUGUCAAAGAUGUUGUGAUAAAACCGAAUUGGGCACGUAUAGUGGAGCUUUAUUGUGUCCAAAAUGUGAUAAUGGACUUGUACUUUGUGAUAACCCGUUAAAUUUUGAUAGUUCUUGGAGCUGCAAUAGUUCAGGCAAAUAUUGUCCUGGAUAUUCUAUUAAUGCUAAUUCUAUAAGGGUUUUGUUGAACAGAAUAUCCCACGAAGUUGAACAAAUAGACUCCAACGAUAUUUGUGCUAUGGAAAACUUUCUUCAAAAAUACAGAAACGUUUUACAUCCUACUCAUUAUUUAUGUUUAAGCAUAAAAGUUUCUUUAAGCCAAGUUUACGGUAGAAUAUCUGGAUAUUUAAUACACGAAUUAAAAGACAAACCUUUAAUAAGAAAAAAGGACAUUUGCCAUGAAAUUCUUAAAGUAUUUGAUGUAAUUGAACCUGGCUACACACGAAUAAGAGGUGUGACUCUAUACGAAAUCCAUGCACCAAUGAUGAUUCUUUUAUCACGCCAAAUGGAAACUGAAUCAAUGUCCAAAAGUGAGAUUAAAGCAGCAUUAAGAGAUGUUUUAAAAUAUUUGACUGAAGCCAAAGUUAUUUUGAGUUAUGAACCUGAGCACUCGCCAGAAGGAAUUAUGGGCAAAGCUGCUACAGAUGCUUUGAUUCAAAUUAAGGAUUGGGAAAAAAUUGUUGGGAAAAUUAAGUGAAAUAAAAAUAUUCCAAAAAUUAAUUAACAUUAUCAAACAAUCUAACAACUUCAGGCAUUUCGUCCAACUUUUUCAUUAAUUUCUCAAACAAUUCUAAAUCAGUGGGUCCAAUUUCUUGCAUUUUAUUUGGAAUAUAGUCCACCGAAGCGUUGACUAUUCUAUAGCCCAAAUUUUCCAAUAACUUUUGACAUUCUGGAAAAUUUUGUUUGCUACAUAAAAACUGAAAUAUAUUGCCGUCUAGGAUUUCUACUUCCUCUGCAUUACAUUCUAUAGCAUGAUCCGUAGCUAGUUCUAGUUGUUCUUUCAAUGGUUUUGAUGUUAAAUUGGUAUUUUCUGCGUCGAUAAUGCCUUUUUCAUGGAACAUAUGCAAACCGGAACCAUCAGCAAACUUUG